UCUUUUUCUCUCACGGUGUCCGCUGAACUCCGUUUUAAAAACACAAGUGUUUGGAUGAGCAAGUCAAUGUAGUGAAAAAAGCUCUGGUUGAAUGUCAAAAAUUUAAAAAUUAAAGAUUGAUUGUAAAAAAACUAAUAGUCAAGAUGAUGGUGAGCCCGAAUUCGGCAAAAAUAAAAAAUGUCAACGCUGCCAGGAAAAUUAAGAACGGCUCGCCAAAGAUACGCGAGACGCUUCGGCAGAAGUUUCGACAACGAAUGCACGAAAGGCGCGAGCAAAUAUUUGUCAUGAGGAGGCAUGGAAUGACUGACUACUCUCAAGAAGUAAAAAAUGCCCUGACAGACAUUGUUCACGAAGAAUUUGACAACAUAGCAGCCAUGGAGUGGUUUAAUUCUCCUGAAGAGCAGCGCCAACAGCAGUUGAUGGACCUUGGUGUUUCUAGGAUUGACGAGACCUUUAAUGAGGAUGAAACUGCAGAGAUCGAAGAGUCCACAGAAGAGCAAUGGAUUCUCGAAGAAUACCAACGAAUAUUGUGGGAACAAAAGCAAAUUUCUUCUCUCUUCAAUGAGGACGUGAUGUGCCCAAUAUGCCUGAAAGGCUUGCUUCAUGAAUCCCCAAAUUGUGUUACUUGCCGUCAGUGUGGCCUGAACUUGCCAAUGCAAUUUGGAUUGGAAAGCUUGAAACAAAAUAUUCAGGAACAUGUUAACACUCAUUCCGCUGCAUGUUUGGAUGUACCAAAGUUUUCAGUUUUCCGUGACGGUGACAAUGUUUCGUUAUGUUUCUCGUGUGCUUCGUGCGAUAUUUUUGAACUGGUAUAAAAUUAAGUAAUAAGUUUCGCGAAUCUACGUUAAAUCUUUUUGUAUAUUUAUUUCUGCAUCAAAUGUUUCAAACAUUGUUUAAAUUAUUUAUGUAUUAAAUCGACAAGGAGCAAAUGGCUGUGUCAUUUAGAAAAACAAAAUUAAACACUGAUAUUUUUUAUAAUCUGUGUACAUACUGUAACCCGAGAAUGUAUGUUCAGUAUUAUUAUAUUUAUCACUAAGAAAACUUUAUUUUGAAGCUUCUUUAGUAUGAUUUCUUUGCUAUAAGACUUGAUGAUUGUUUAUUUACUUCAAUUUUUUCUCUAAAAUGGUUUAUGUUAUGCCAAAAAUCUUGCAGAGACUUUGAAUGCUUUUGUACAUAAUUAAUUAUAAAUUUAUUUCACAAUAAAUAAUUUUUGAUAUAAUCUUGUUUA